AUGUUAAACGUUUUGUUAGAAUGCGUUCGGGUCGCCUAUGCUUUAAUUGAAUUUGUCUUGAAUUAUUUAUCAAGUCCAACAGCCUUUAUAAAAUCGUUUUUUGACGGUAACGAUCCAGAAGUAAAAUCCACCUGCAAUAUUCGAUAUCCAAAACAUUUGGCUGUGCUUUACACGGAGAAAUCGUCAAUUUGUUUGGAAACACUGUGUGAUUUGUUAAUGGAAAGUGCAAAUGCGGGUAUAAAGGAAAUUAGUGUCUAUGAUCCAUGGUCACAUAUCCAACAGAAUCAGUACAAACUGAAAGCAUUGAGUGAAAAUUUGAAAUACGAUCGAAAAAUUCAGAAGAAAGCACGAAAUUUCAAUCGUCCUACACUACGAUUCAGUUCGCCUGAUUACGAUGAUUUGAACGAUUGUGAGGAUGACCGAUAUUGCAUUCAGAGGGAGACUCCAGCUGCAACACUCAAAGUGAAUUUGUUGGGAAAGGAAUCUGGAAAGAAAGCACUGGUGAAGAUAUGUCGAAAGCUAUGCACCAGUAAGGGCAGUGAUGGCGAUAACAACAACAACAAGAAUGCGUCGAUACUAGGCACAGAUCAAAUUUGCAAGGCAUUGUCCGACGAAAGUCUAUCGGAGCCGGAUUUUUUGUUGAAAGUGGGUCGUAUAAGCUCGAUGUGUGGCUAUCCGCCGUGGUGUUUACGUGUAACGGAAAUAUUUCCGAUGCGGCACUUACGAGGUCGAUUGAAUAGGAGGCAAUUUGCUCAACUUAUGGAGCAGUUUUCGAGACGUGAUCAGCGAUUCGGACGAUGA